AGUCCCAGCCGGUGAUUCUUGCGUCGGUUCCUCGCUCAGCUGAACCUCCGCAGAAGGUCUUUCUGUGUAGCCGGUUAGCAUCAUGGCGAACGUGGUGGAUACUAAGCUAUACGACAUCCUCGGAGUUUCACCGUCUGCCUCUGAAAAUGAACUAAAAAAGGCCUACCGCAAACUGGCCAAAGAGUACCACCCUGACAAGAACCCUGAUGCUGGAGACAAGUUUAAAGAAAUCAGCUUCGCAUAUGAGGUACUGACAAAUCCAGAAAAGAAGGAGCUUUAUGAUCGCUAUGGAGAACAGGGGCUACGGGAGGGAGGAGGCGGAGGGCCCGGCAUGGACGAUAUCUUCUCUCACAUUUUUGGUGGAGGACUGUUUGGGUUCAUGGGGGGACAGGGCAGAGGACGCAACGGAGGCAGAAGGAGAGGAGAUGAUAUGGUGCACCCUCUGAAGGUUUCUCUGGAAGACCUCUACAAUGGCAAAACCACCAAACUGCAGCUCAGUAAGAAUGUGCUGUGUGGUGCCUGUAAUGGUCAGGGGGGUAAGGCAGGAGCAGUGCAGAAAUGUGUGGCAUGCAGAGGACGAGGUAUGAGAAUUAUGAUCAGACAGCUGGCCCCUGGGAUGGUCCAACAGAUGCAAUCAGUUUGCACAGACUGCAAUGGAGAGGGUGAGGUGAUAAAUGAGAAGGACCGCUGCAGAAAGUGUGAGGGUCAUAAGGUGUGUAAGGAGACCAAGCUUCUGGAGGUGCAUGUAGACAAAGGCAUGAGACAUGGACAGAAGAUCACAUUCUCUGGGGAGGCUGACCAAGCACCAGGUGUCGAACCAGGGGAUAUAGUCCUGGUGCUACAAGAGAAGGAACAUGAGGAAUUCCGCCGUGAUGGCAGUGACCUUCACAUGGUCCAACGUAUCGGCCUGGUUGAGGCUCUGUGUGGCUUCCAGAUGACUGUUGCACACCUUGAUGGACGUCAGUUGCUUGUCAAAUAUCCACCGGGCAAAGUCAUCGAGCCAGGUUGUAUUCGCAUGGUGAAGGGAGAGGGGAUGCCUCAGUACAGAAACCCUUUUGAGAAGGGAGACCUUUACAUCAAGUUUGAUGUCCAGUUCCCUGAAAACAACUGGAUUAGCCCCGAAAAACUGAAUGAACUGGAGUGCUUGUUGCCCGCUCGUUCAGAGAAUCCUGUUAUUGCAGCAGAUGCAGAGGAAGUCGACCUGACAGAAUUUGACAAGAGUCAAGGGUCAGGAGGUGGAGCCAGGAGAGAGGCCUACAAUGAUAGUUCUGAUGAGGAGGGGGGCCACCAUGGCCCGGGGGUGCAGUGCGCACACCAAUAGAAAGACUCAUACAUAAAGACAUGCACACACAUAAAUACAUGAACAUCCCUUGAGUCCCAUUGCUAACACCAUUCAAGACUUGACGCACAUACAUGCAGAUUUAUCUCCGUUCAUGAUUCCCAUGAAAGAGAGAUAUACACAAACACAUACACACGUAUAUCCACCCUCCUCAGUUCCAUGGUGCCCAUAAGUCAGAGAUAUGCUGGACGUGUGAUGACCAUUUUGUGUUUAUGGACAGUAGUGCUCAUCAAAGCCUCCAGCGAGAAGGUUCACUGACUGAACUUGACUUGGACCGCCCUGUUUUCAUCCUAGGCUUUUACCUUUCACUGUGGGAAACACCAGUCUAGUGUAUAAAAUGCAAAUAUUGUUGACUAUCUUGUAUAAGGUGUAGUUUAGUCUUUCACACACAAGCGCAUGCUGCUUUCUUGCCGAAGAUCUUGCACACGUAGAUCCAGGGUCUGGACAGGACAUGACAGAGAAAUCUGAAACCACACCUGUUAAAAUUUCAGUGUGUCACUGCUAUCAAAGUGCCCUGCUAUCAUAAGAGCUGACCUGAUUACAGCCCUAAAAAGUGUGUCCUCUGCACAGCCUGCUGAGAACCGCACGUUUAAUCCACCUCAUCCUCUAAGAAGAACUGUCAUAUUUUGAAAAUAGGACUGGUUUUUAGUCCCCAGCCUGUCACAUUGCUAGAAUAUUAAAGCCCUGAGUAAAGCACCUGUCAGCCAGGCACCAUGUUUUUUUUUAGUUUGGAUUUCAAACUUGUCUUUGUUGGUUUGAAUGUUAGUGUGUUCGAGACCACUGAACUUGAACCUAAGCUGUGUACUCUUCAGUUGAUUUGAGGACACACUUGUGUACUUUGUAUGUAUGUGUGUGUAAUGCGGUGGCUCAGUGUGUGCGAGCUGCUGUGGAAUGUUCUGGCUUAUUAGAGUGAUAGUUAUUCCUGCUUUGUGUUGGACUGCAGUGUGAGUGGACACUAUAUAGGGUCAGUGUAAGAGGAACAAACAAUGUUUAUUUGCCGAGAAUCUUUCCCACGUAGACAUUUCCCUCCACUCACCAGGAUCCAGAGAGGAGGGUGUCCUCUCUCACAGGAAAACCACUGGGCCCGCACCAAACCUCUGUAUUAUACAUAUCUCCCCAUCGUAGAGUUGUUAGCCAAACUUACAUCCUUUGACAUGUUACAAUAUUCCCACCCCCAUAGACCUGUAAAUAAAUACUGCCCCAGUCCAUAGGUGCAUUCAGAGUCUACAGCAGUGUCCUUCGUCCAGUCACAUUAUUCCUCACACACAUGAGCAAUGGCCAACAGUGCCAAUAUAAAUGUUAUAUUCACAUGAAGGAGAGUUGAUGGAACCUCUGUAGACUGUUAACAUGCACCUCUGCGACUCAUUGUGUAUGGAAUUUAGGCCACAGGGGGGAUCGUGUGUACACAACUAAAGGGGGUCAUUGAUAAAUGACAUUACUGUUGAUGCUUAUGUUUGUCAAGAUGAUAAUUAAACUGUAUAAUAAACAGUCACUUCAAAUUUGA